AUGGCCGGCUGCAUCCCGCCACCCCUCGCCAUCCUCGGGGUCCUAGCCCUUCUCGCCCCGCACGCCGCCUGGCCCACAGUUUUUCUUCCCGCAUCGAAAGCGCACGAACUUCUGGCCAGGUGGAGGCGAGCCGGCUCCUACCUCUUAGAAGAGCUCUUCGAGGGGCAUUUAGAGAAGGAGUGCUUCGAGGAGAUCUGCGUCUAUGAGGAGGCGAGAGAAGUGUUUGAACACGACGAGUCCACGGAUGAAUUCUGGAGGACAUACAUGGGCGGCUCCCCUUGCACCUCCCAGCCUUGCCUCAACAAUGGGUCCUGUCAGGACACAAUUCGCGGCUACGCCUGCACCUGUGCGCCGGGCUAUGAAGGCCCCAACUGUGCCUUCGCUAAAAACGAAUGUCACCCUCUGAGGCUGGAUGGGUGUCAGCACUUCUGCCACCCGGGACCGGAGUCCUACACAUGCAGCUGUGCAAGGGGCCACAAGCUGGGUGGAGACCACAGGUCCUGCCUCCCCCAUGACAGCUGUGCGUGUGGAACCCUCGGUUCUGAGUGCUGCCAGAGGCCCCAGCGAGGCCAGCAGAACCUUCCGCCUUUCCCGUGGCAGGUAAAACUAACAAAUUCUGAAGGAAAAGACUUCUGCGGGGGUGUUCUAAUACAGGACAACUUUGUGCUGACAACAGCAAAAUGCUCACUAUUGUACAGAAACAUUAGUGUGAAAACGAGUUCCGACUUCCGGGUGCGCGUGAAGGGCGUCCACGUGCACACGAGGUUCGAGGCGGACACCGGGCACAACGACGUGGCCCUGCUGGACCUGGCGCGGCCCGUGCGCUGCCCCGACGCCGGGCGGCCUGUCUGCACGGCCGACGCGGACUUCGCCGAGCGCGUCCUCCUGCCGCAGCCGGGCGUCCUGGGCGGCUGGACCCUCCGCGGCCGCGAGAUGGUACCCUUGCGGCUGCGGGUCAUGCACGUGGAGCCCGCGGAGUGCGGCCGGGCCCUCAAUGCCACGGUGACCACACGGACCGGCUGCGAGCGGGGCGCGGCAGCCGACGCGGCGCGGUGGGUGGCGGGCGGCGCGGUGACCCGGCAGCACCGGGGCGCCUGGUUCCUCACCGGCCUGUUGGGCGCCGCGCCCCCCGAAGGGCCCGGGCCGCUCCUGCUCAUCAAGGUCCCUAGAUAUGCGCUCUGGCUCCGGCAAGUCACUCAGCAGCCGAACCUCGCCAGUCCGAGAGGCGACUAGGGUCAGGGGCGCGACGGGGAACCAGUGCCGGGUGGUCUCGGUGGGCGGUGGGCACCUACGGCCCUUCCUCCGGGACCUCUCGUCUGACCUGAGCCCUUAGGAGGGAAGGAGGCGUGUCCAGCAAUAAAAACAGACCCCAAACAGCGCUUUCCUAA